AUGCCGCCAAAAAAAGCGCGAGCGCCGUCGAAAGCAACACUCAAAAAGGAAAUCCAAAAUCAAAUUGGCCAUAAAACGGAGCAACUUAUCGAGAAUCUUGAGGCUUUAAAGAUUAGCGAACGACUGAAGGGCAUUCAAACAAUCAAAUCUGUAUUACCCGCGGCUGUUUUAAAUUUGAAAUUAAAAGAUGUUCUACAACACGCGAAUUUCGUGGAGUUCCUCGAGGAGGCUUGUAAUGGAGUCUCAGGCUUCCCUGAUGAGAAAAUGCCUGAAGCUGAGCACGAUGAUCCCGCUGAGGCGAUGGAGUUAAACGUCGCCGGCAGUCCAGUGAACGACGAGAACAUGAGCGCACCAGUCAGCAGGAAUGAGCACAGGAGACGAUUAAAAACGCCGCUGGGCGUUGAAUUGCCAGUGCCUGAUGUCAUAAGGCCGAAAAUUGAAGCCGAAUCAAUUGGAUUCCGAUUGCCCAAAGUGAACGAGGAGAUUGCGUUUUCCAUGGAUGGCUCGCCGCUCGUCAUCAACGGCGCUGCUGCGACGGCGAAGGCGAAUCCGAAACUCGAGCGAAUUCGGCCGGUUCUCGAGGCGCAAAAUGCUGCCGAAUUGUCGCCGACGACACGCGAGCUCGCUGACGCGGUUCAUCGUCUAAUCGCACGCCAAGAAGCGAAAGCCGGUCUUCUGAAGCCGAAAAUUGAGCGCGAGACGGGCGUCUGA